AUGGACCAUGCACAGAAAAGAGCGCUAGUGGUCAUCUUUCCCGGGUUCAACAUCCUCGAUGUGGGCGGUCCGGUUUCAGUACUCUACAACUCGUACUUCUCCGUGAGCUAUGCCGCCAAGGAUGAGCUCACAACAUCUCAAGAGAACGCGACAGUUAAAAGAGACAUAUCCCUUGCUGAAGCCAAACUUCAACUGUCCGACUAUGAAAUAUUGAUCGUCCCUGGCUCACGACCAUUCAAUAUCCUACCACAUGUGGAAUCCGAGCAGGGGCAGCUAUCGGAGCUUGUCGAAUUUAUCAGCAGUUUUGCAUCCAUGAACCACGAGAGCGUGCGGAAACAUACUAUCUUGGCCAUCUGCAUCGGAUCCUACUUGUUAGCUUUUGCAGGUGUACUUGAUGGCCUCACUGCAACCACACACCGUCUUGCUCGCCCCGGGCUACGAAACGCAGUCCGACGUUAUGCGGAUCAUACUACGGGUGCGGAAGGGGCUCGAAUCGUUCCCGAGGAUCCCUCAGAACUGAUUCCCUAUCUGGAUGCUGGCAGGAACCAGUUCGGGGUCAGAAUCAUCACGGCGGGCCCUUCGCUCAAUGGUGUCGACGCCGCAUUGCAUUUUGUCAGUCUUAGUUCGAGUCGAUCAAUUGCAGCUGAGGUUGGGGACCUUGUUGGGCAUAGCUGGAAGGAGAUAUAG